CUCCCACUGGGUGUGGGGGGAGGCUCAGGCCUGCUGGGGAGUUACCGGGCUCCAGCAGGGUGGACAAAGGAGUGCAAGUCCCGGGGUGGAGCGCUGAGGGGCCCAGCAUGGCCACUUCCUGCAUUUACUUGGUCCAAACUGGGCUCUCCUCGGGGGCAGGACGUUCAGGCCAGAGGGCUCCUGCUUUUGGGGAGCCAGCAGUCAGGGCGUUGUGCUGCACCUUAGCUUGUGCGUGCGUGAGGUGGGGCUGUGUCUGAGUUCCCUGCAGCUACACCUCACUGAUUUCAUAUAUAUCCCAGAGUCCUGACUAGGAGAUCCCCAAACCAAGACCAUACAGGGGGACUCCUUCAGGCAAACACUGGUAUUGAGGUUUUCGUGUUCAUACUGAGCCCUUCUGCAGACACUCUACAGGGCUCUCAUCUCAUUGUUGCCUGCUUCUUGUGAUCAUCAAAACAGGGCUAUAUGCAUUUUGGCUGCCCUGCACAGAUCAAAUCCGGGUCCUUUCACCAUGUAUAGCCUUUGUGAAUCAUAUAGGUACCUCAUGAAAAUCAAAACAGGCCUGUUUUCCCCCUACAAGUUCAUGAAACUUUCUGUUUCCAGUGAUGACACACAACACAAACUUAAAUGUCAAAGUGAGGGAAUGUUGUUUAGUGGUUAGACCAGGAGGCUGGGUAUGAGGAGAUCUGUUGGUUAUUCCCAACACUGCCACUGACUUGCUCUGUGACAUUGGGUAAAUUACAUAUUCUCUCUGUCUUAGUUUACCCAUCUGUAAAUUGGUGAUAAUUACCCAUUUGGGUAAAAUGUUUUUAGAUUCUUAGAUAAAAGGUGUCAUAUAAGCACAGACUAUUAGUGUUUUAUGAUUUUGUAGGAGGAAUUGAAGGCCAACCUUCAGAAUGUUCCUAAUUUUGAUCUCAGGAUCAUGGCUGAAAGUACUGUAAAGGUACCUUUUCAGUAGUUUAUGGUCAGUCCUUAACUCAUAGCAGUUUAAAGGAAGGCCAAAUCAGUUAAUAGAAACAUUUAGAUUUAGAAAAGUAAAAGAUUUCUUAUUUAAAAAAGGUACCCACUCAUUUGAAAUGACACUAAUGAAAAUAAAAAUGUAAUCAAUGUUACCCAGUCCUACAUUUUAAUUUGUGUCUGCAAUGCAAGGAUAUUUUACUUUACUGAAAAAGUAUGAGGCACACUUUACCCCUUCUCUUUAGUACUCUUUUGUCUCUAAUUAAUGAUUUUUACAUGAUAACAAGCCCCCCAGCUUGCAGGAAUAAGAAACUGGACAAAACAUCUAUGUUAAAGAUGUUUAACAGUGAUUUUGCUGAUCAGCAGUUCAGCCUGGAAACUGCAAUUAAAAAUAUUGAUAAAAUGUCCAGUGAGUUGAAGAAGCUAAAUGUGCAAAGCCAACUGCUGCUCUGUGACCUUACUUUGAACUUCAGUCAUCCUGUGAAGACCAAAGUUUCAAGGGAGGUAGAAGAAAAGAAAACAAAUUUUGAGGAAUUACCUUAUUCCAUCAAGUUCCAUGCUGAUGCUUCCAUUACCAAUUCUUCUCUUUGAGCCAUUAAAAUUUCAGCAUGGAUUUCUGCUCUGGUUCAAGCUUUUAUAAUAUGACAUUUUAUGUUAUCAGAGUAUGAAAAGUAGUAUCCGAAGAAUGUUUCAAUAUGUGAAAAACAAAUAUUUGAAUAACUCAGAAAAGCUAAAAUAAUAAAAAGGCAAAUAAUUGGUC